AUGACCUCCAUGGGGAUGCAAGUCAUGGGCAUUGCCUUGUCCGUGAUCGGCUGGCUGGGUGCCAUCCUCUGUUGUGGGUUGCCCAUGUGGAGGGUGACAGCCUUUAUAGGCAACAACAUUGUGGUGGCCCAAAUUAUUUGGGAGGGCCUAUGGAUGGACUGUGUGGUCCAGAGCACGGGACAGAUGCAAUGCAAGGUCUACGAUUCUAUGUUGGCACUGGCGCAGGACAUGCAGGCUGCUCGGGCUCUGGUGGUCAUUGCCAUCGUGCUGGCCAUCAUUGGCAUCUUCUUCUCCAUCGUUGGAGGAAAGUGCACCAACUGUGUGGAAGAUGGAGCUACCAAAGCCAAGGUGAUGAUCGUCGCUGGAAUUAUUUUCCUCCUCUCCAGCAUCACGCUUCUCAUUCCGCUCUGCUGGACGGCAAAUAACAUCAUACGAGACUUCUACAACCCCCUGACUCCAGAGAGCCAAAAGCGGGACCUGGGUGCUUCUCUCUACAUUGGUUGGGCCUCCUGCAGCCUGCUGCUCUUUGGAGGAGGGCUACUGUGCUGCAACUGCCCCCCCAAACCCGAGAAACCCUAUUCAUCAAAGUACACAGCAGUUCAAUCGAGGCCGGCCAGCAACUAUGUCUAA